AUGGGAUCACGCAUUUUGAAGUGGGGCGUCUGUGAAGAUGAGGACUGGGAGGCGGGCCAGCUUUUGGGGUUUGAACCAUGCAGUGAGAACCUGAUAACAGGUUGUAACAUUCAAGAUGGCCGAUGUGUCUGCCACGCCCUGCGGACCUGCGCAAACCCUUUUCAGUUCCCGUCGCUGGACAGCUGCCAGACAGCUCUGCAGCAUAUAGAAGAGUCUCGUCCGGAUUGCUCCAAAGCCCGUUGUGAAGUCCAGUUCUCCCCCCUGUGCCCCGAGGAUUCGGUCCUCAUUGAGGGCUACGCUCCUGCCGGGCAGUGUUGCCCUUUGCCCUCGCGGUGCGUCUGUCGACCAGCCGGCUGCCUCCGAAAACUCUGCCAGCCAGGACACCUAACCAUCCUGGUAACCAAGGCAACAGGUCGACCAGGGGAGUGCUGCGACUUAUACGAGUGUAAACCCGUCUACAGUGUUGACUGCAGCGCUGUGGAGUGUCCUCCAGUCCACCAGGGGGGGUGUCCUCCAGACAGCUUUGAGACCCAGGUCAGACUGACUGCAGAUGGAUGCUGUACCCUACCAACAAGGUGUGAGUGUCUCCCAAAAGAUAGCUGUGUCAUUCCGUCCUGUCCGCCAGGCUCCUCCCCUCAGCUCGUGGCAAAUGGCAAUGGGACGCCAGGGAGAUGCUGUGACCAGUACCAGUGUGCUAAUGACACCAAGCCGGUGUGCGUGUUCGGCGGGGAGGAGCACACCGAGGGGGAGCUGUUCCAGCUGGAGGCCUGCCGCUUCUGCCGCUGCCAAGGGGGCGUGGCUAACUGUUACCACGCCCAGUGUGGCACUCUCGGCUGCACGCAGCAAUACACCCCUCCCGGAGAAUGCUGCCCUGUGUGCGAGGAUCCCAUCUACCCUGCUCUGAGUGCUGCUGGUUGCUAUGUCAGCGGCCGUAUCGUUGCCCAUGGCGACCACUGGCGUGAGGAUGACUGCACCUUUUGUCAGUGUGUGUCGGGGGAGAGGCGGUGUGUCGCCGCCUCCUGUGCUCACAACUGUCUGAACCCGGUCAAAGUUCCCGGAGAGUGCUGCCCCGUGUGCGAAGAGCCCAGCUACAUCACCAUGGCGCCCCCUGGCUGUCCCGAGGAGAACUGCCUCCUGACUGUGGGCGACUGCCGCUACGGCUACCACACCAACCUGAGCGGCUGCCGCAGCUGCCGCUGCAACACACGAGAGGAGCAUUGCAGCAUGGUGAUAUCGGGCUGUGCCAUAAAGUGUCCGUUCGGCAGGCAGGCCGACGGCAGCGGGUGUGAAAUAUGCCAGUGCCGGCCGAGACACAGACGUUGCAAGACGCUGGCGUGCGGCCGUGACUGUACAUUCGGAUACGUUAAGAACAGACACGGCUGUGACACGUGUAGAUGCAGGAAGUGUCCAGAGGUGCCGUGUGACCUGUCCUGUCCAAUGGGCUUCCAGACUGACCGGCAGGGCUGCCUCCAGUGUGCUUGUCGAGACCAGCCCGUCACCUCCUCUAAGGCCCCAUCAGACAGGAAGGGGCCAUGUCUGUCCAUGGAUGGCCACCGCCAUGACAACGGAGAGAGCUGGCACGACGGCUGCCGUGACUGUUACUGCCACGAAGACCGGGAGAUGUGUUCGCUGAUCUCCUGUCCCGUUCCUGACUGUGCCGCUCCGUCCAUCCAGCCAGGGCACUGCUGUCCUACCUGUGCAGACUCUCCUUCCCCCCAGCCCACCCCAGCCUCAGGGGACCGGGGAGACUCAUCGGUGUGUGUGUCCCCCAGAGGAGAGGUCUUCUCUGCUGGGGAGGUGUGGAACAUGGACCCCUGCAGUCAGUGUACCUGCCGACGAGGACAGACUCUGUGUGAAAGUGAAGUCUGCCCUCCCCUCCUCUGCCAAAAGCCAAUAAGGAGCCACAAUUCCUGCUGCCCACGCUGUCCUGAGGACACCGCAACCCCUCCUUCUCUUUCCAACUCUUCCUCCUUGGGUGGAGGGGGAGUGGUUUGUCACAGUGAUGAUGGGGAGGGAGGAGGUGACAUGUUCCUCCCAGGAGAGUCAUGGAAGCCGGACGUCUGCACCAGCUGCGUGUGCUCGUCCGGGAGUAUCCAGUGUUUUACUGAGAACUGCCCACCUACGCCCUGCCCUCGACCGCUUCUGAGGAAGGGACAGUGCUGCUCCUACUGUCUGGAUUCCCCCUCUCCCCCCAGGGCAGCAGCACCCCCAGUGUGCCAUUUUAACGGUCGUCAGUAUUCAGAUGAGGAGCGCUGGGAUAUUGAUGCCUGUACCCACUGUUACUGUCUGGCGGGACAGACGCUGUGUUCUACUGUUUCCUGCCCUCCCCUUAGUGUACCCUGUGAGAAACUGGUCACCAAGGAGGGGAACUGCUGUCCUGUAUGCACAGAGACGCACUCUCCAACCAAUGUACCAAUCGAGAAGACAGACCAGAUGACUAACAGAAAACAAGCCUCUAAUACCUGGGACCACUCUUCCCACAGCCCCAACGACUUGCUGCAUUUCAGAGGUGACAUGAGUGGCCUCCAAAUGCCCUUCCUGUCUGGCUCAGCGGGGGCGGAUUCAGGAUCAGGGGGAGAACAGGGACUGGCUGCUGCCACGGUGAUGUGGGUGGUACUUCCUCUACUGCUCCUCCUGCUCCUGCUCAUCUCUGCUCUCCUCUACACCUCCCACAGGAGACACUGGCUGCCGCUACAGUGCAAGGCCCAGUGCCUGAACAACCAGCUUUUCUCCGGCCUCGGCCCCAAAGUCCCCCUGGCUGCAGGCCUGGCUUCACCGGAGGACCACAGUCUGUCCCCCCUGCAGCACCGGAACCAGCCGGACCACCCGCGGGUCUUACGCAUCGCCGAACCAGAGCCCCGGUUCAGCGGCUACUACAGCAUGAAGAAAAGCAACCUGAACCAGGACGCCUUCUACAGCACGCCGUGAGGGGGCGGAGACUGAGAGGAGCGCCGCCGCGGUACACGCAAACGGAGCUUUCUGCACGUAUAUGCACACGGACCGAUGGAAACGCACUUAAACAUACGGACAUCAGCACACACACACACUCGCACACACACACACUCGCACACAACAUAUACACCACAGCACUGUCCUUAUCCUGCUCCGGCCUCAGACCCCCUUCCUGAGAGACAGAGAGAGAGACACGCACCUAUGUAGACCGGUAUGGACACACACCACCGCCUAGCAAGCCUAGUGACUCCUGACUGGGCUCCAACUGAAUUAUCCACGACUGGCCGAGAUUUGAUCAACAUCUAAGGGGGAAUCUGGCUAUCGAUCGGUAUCGAUCGGUAUCGAUCGGUAUCGAUGGGUUUGAUUUCGCAUGAUCAGGCGACCACGGCGUCUCCGCUGUGUGGCUCAGCAAAUGGCCUCGCCCCGACGCCCAUUACUCACCCACGUAUGCACGCACCUAAACGGGGCGGAUGGACCCACCGAGUCGUAGGAGAGCACGUUGCCAUGACAACCAUCACGCGGCAGUCAUUACCAUGACAACAGAGCUACACGACGACGCGCCGGUCCAAGUGAUCAGC